AAAUAAUAAUUUAUAUUGUUUUUAUUGUUUAAAUGUUAAAAACACUUUUUUGGUGAUUUGUUUUAAAAAAAAUAAAAUACAAUUUCAGUUUGAUUUUCGAUUUUGUAACAUUUUAAACUCAUAGACGUUUGCCAAUAUGAUGCACCCCGCUGAAAUCGAGUUCCUGGCCGAAAACGAGAUUAUUCAAAUCGUGCCGACGUUCAAUCAUGCCAGCCACGUACAUCUGAUAUGCGGCUCUUAUGGCCCGUUUCGAGCUGGUUUGCCGUUAAACGUUCCCAUCUGGGUGGCACUAAAUCUGCGACAAAAAAAGACGUGUCGUAUCCUAGCUCCUGACUGGAUGACCGUCGAUAAGCUACAAGAAAGACUUGAAGAAGAGAAAGCAUCAAAGUUUUUUACACAACUACCCACAAAUUAUUACUUGGAAAUCACACAAAUGUUGUUGACUGUUGCCAGUGAAGAUAUUCCACAGGGGAACGAUAUAAAAACUGCAGUUAAAGACUUAUGGGAUUUAAGGAUAGCAAAAUUAAGAUCUUCUGUUGAUCUCUUCGUUAAAGAAGGUCGUGUUCAAGCUUCUUUAAACCAUUUAACACCUAUGGAAAUUAAUUCUGUGAGGCCAGUAUUCCCAGAUACAUUGGAUGCUUUAAUGACACUCCAUGAACACAUUAACUCGAGUGAUGACAGAGAAGACAGCAGUCAAUCUUCAGGAGCAACUCCUAGUUCAACAUCUUUUUCAUUAUCCCUGUGAAAUUGUUUAUUUAUUUUUAAAAUACUCAGAAUUGCACUCAGAUGGUUGUGUUUAAUUUUGUUGGGAUCAGAUUAAAUUAUUUGUAAUACCAAAAACUUUAUAUAAUUGUUAUAAUAUGUCUGAAUGUAACUAACCUAUUAUAUUUAGACCGUCUUGGUCAAAUAUAUUUUCUAUUCUUUAAUCUAGAUAUAAAACAUUGUUCUAUUUUUCUUUUGGCAAUUGCAUGGUAAUGUAAAAUAUUUUAUUUUUAUCUCAGUCCACAAUAACUUUUUAUAUGUAUUUACUAUUAAGUUAGAAGCAUAAUCUUAUCAACGAAUUAAAAUCUCAUAGACUAAAAUGUUCAUAAACAUAAUAUAAUGUGCAAUUAUUAAGAAGUCCAUAAUUUUAGUUACAAACAACAAUGGUAACUACUGCAUUGUUGGGUGUAUAGAUAAUUGUGAUAAUUUUGGCUGCAGUAUAAUAUUAUUUUAAAUGUCAAGAUCAAACUAUACUUAUCAUGGGUAGGAUAUAUCCAAGGUUAGGUGAGAAUGUUUAUUUUUAUAGUGUAUAGAUUAUUAUAAAUAAUACAUUUAUGUUUUGUACUGAUUUUUCUCUUACAUUAAAAGCUAUAUUUUAAAAGAAAAAA